GGUCGCUUUCGCUUUCCCCGGGCCUGGGGAGGCGGUUCCCUGCUCCUUCCCCGAGCGCUUGUCUUGCAGGAGCCGGCGGAGGAGGCACCAUGGCCGGCUUGGAGCUGCUGUACAACUCGGUGGCGCCCGAGCUGGGCUGCGGGCAGGACGCCCUGCUCUGCUUCGUCCACUGGAAGCUCAUCACCCGCGACUACCGCUGUCUCGGCACCGGGGACCAGGCGGCCGACAACGAGAGGAAGUCGGAAAUGCUUCCCGCAGGCUGGAAUGCGGACAAGGAUCUCUACACUUUGCGCUACCGACUGAAGGACGAUUCCCAUGACCUGCUGGUGAAGGCCAUCUUGAUGGACAACAGCCUCAUCCUCAACGUCAUGGAUCCUAAAACGCAGAAAGUGGCAGAUUUGACGUUGAAAAUAACCAACUUCGUUGACCCAGAACAUCUGCAAGAUUUCGACAAGGUAUAUCGGAACGUGGAGGACUUACAGACCCAGAUCGUCCAUCACAUACUAUCCCCGUUUGAAACCCUGAAGCGGCCGCCCAUCGCCAAGGAGGAAGAGCCCAAAAGGGAGAGGAACCCCUCACCCCCCAACCCCCCAGACCACGACCCUCUCUGGAUCCCACCUCGGCAUCCUCACGGCAGCCGGCAGCCCAACUGGCCAGAUCCGCUCGAUCCGUUCAAUAUCGGCAGACAAGAUCUGGAUCCUUUGGCAGGCCGAGGUGGAGGAAUGAUCUUUGAUCCACUUCGAUCAGGAUUUCGGAAUCCUGUCCUGGACCCCUCUUCCGGGCUCCCCAGCAGACUCCCCCCUGGUUCCGUUCCUCCAGGGGCCCGGUUUGACCCAUUUGGACCCCCGGGAACCAGCCGGCCCGGGCCUAAUCCCGAUCACCUUCGCCCUCCGGAUUAUGAUGAUAUGUUCAUGUGACGACCGCCAAGAUGCCGCAUCUCUUUCCCGGAAGACCGACGUCUGAUGCUUAUCCAGAAGUGGGGCAGAGUUGGCCUGUCCCGUAGCGGUUUUCUGUCCCGGCCUGCGUGUUUUGGUCCCACUCCUAUAAAACCAAAGAGAAAAAGGCGCACCGUUUUUUCUUUCAGCCUCUGGCCUUUUUCUCUUUCUCCCUCCCAGCAUUUUACGUUCGUUCCAUCCGGGACGCCAAUUUGACGAUCCAACAUUGUGUGGUCCAAAACCAGCGGUGUUUACAAGGCUAGAACUCUUUUUCAAAAGCAGCGAGCAAUGCCAGAACCUCCGGGGAAGGUUCUGUCUAUAUCAGGAUGGUUAACCUGGUUUAAUCCCGAACCCAAUUUGUCAUGAAACGGGGUGGAGCUACACAAGGGUAGAUCAACCGCCAACAUCUUCCUCAUCUCUCGUUUUCAGAUCCUUCCGAUUUCUCGUGGAAACGAAUGGUAUGCCCGUACAGGGAGUUUUUGUCACAUGCCGCCCUAAACUUUGGUGGCGAUGUGAUCCAGCAAAAUGCCCGCCCCCCCCUUUGUCGUGCUUCCAGCCCCCUUAAUUUUCCUACAAACCCCCCCCCCCCGCUUGCCACAACUUCACGGAGUGUGGAGAAACUGAAACGAGAACUUGGAGGUGCCCAAAUACCUGUGGAAAGACCGAGGGGAUUUAACAACUAAUGGGCGGUAUUUGGGCCAAGGCUGCCAGCUGCCGACUGUUGUUUCGGUGAGUUGAGGCUUGUUCAAAGAGCUAAUUUAGUGAGGAUAAAUCUCUGAGCCUACCCCCCCAUCCCACACACACACCCAUCUUCAAACACAACACAACCACACAUGUCUACAACUCCAAAGCUGGCUCAAUUGAACUGGUUUUGCUGGUAGGAGACCUCGGUGCCCAAUUCCACCUGGAAAGACUUCCUGUCACCCCGCUGUCUCCAUUACAGGUUGCAAUUAGUCGUUGCCUUAACAAACAAACAAAACACACAAUAAAAUGAACAAUGAACCUCA